ACGUGUGUAUAUGUGCGAGAUGGUAGUGAGGAUCGUGAUGUUUUGAAAGGACACGUCUAACCACGUGGAACGUGGUGCCAGUUUGUAGCGUGACUCGACAAUUUGUUCGUGAGACAAAAAAUAUAUUAAACGUGCAUGCUUGAGAAAAGUGAGGAGGUAACAGUCUAUGAGAGGAGGCGAGAAACAAAAGAGGGCACUUGAGACGAUGUCGCGAAAGAAGAGAGAACAGAGACGGGAGAGGAAAGAAAGAGAGAAAGAUAGAGGCAGGGAGAAAGAGAUAGAGAGAGAAAGAGAGAAAUAGGCGGGGCAAAGAUAGAAUAAAGACACGGAGAAGAGAGUCGAGGCAGAGAGUUGACUGUUGUUCGAUCAGCGAAAACACGUGGGGAGCGAGCGGGAAUUUCGGCGUGAUCGACGAACGUUGUUUCAUAGCCCCGUAAAUGAGAGUUCUUCUCGUUAAAUGGAUGAAUCCAUCGUGUCGUAUCUUGACGAUCGAUCGUUCCUCGGCACUUGGCGAAGGUGCACGAGAAACGGUGGAAAACGGCAUCCUGUCAGACGAAUAUGCGCGAGCGGUAAACGAUGCUGCGCAUACGAGCAUGUAGAGUGUUCACAUGGUGGCGGUAGGUGGGUAGCUGGAUAUCUGGUUUCUCACUCGCGGCUUCUGGGGCCUGUUGGUCACCGGAAAACAAACGGCCGAGGUCGGGGCCGAAGUCCUCCAUGCAAAAUGCCGCAUACUGAAUACGCGCAACAACCGAUGCAACAAACAAAUGCUCUAUACAGUAUGGGCAUCAUCGUGUGUGUGUUGUGUGUCUGUUGCGACGCUUUUACCCUCUUGCGCUUGCCUCUGGCGCGUGACGUAAUCCAUUCAAGCGCUUACUACGCAAUACGGGACGCGGGCAGCAGCAGCCGCCUCUCUCUCUCUUUCUCUCUCUUUCUCUCUCUCUCUCUCUCUUCUCCAAUACAGUAUACCUUUCUCUUUCUCUAGUCUAGAAGAAGACCAUGCUUUCCAUGCUUCCUUCCUUGUCGCACCCCCCUCCCACUUUGUCGGAACAACCCUUCUUUUUCUUAUCAUUCGAUAAUGGCGACGGGAAAGAAAACGGUCUCACGUCGUGCGUCGCAAUUAUAGUUUCCUCCCGACCGGUUUUUCCUUUCGUCCGUCAGUCGUGCUACUCUGUCUCUGUGUCUGCCUGCCUUUUGUGGCACGUGUUUUUACAUAUUCUCUGUUUUUCUCCGUCUCGAGUUUGUUAAGCGAUCGUGCGUGCAUAGACGUAUAUCCUGUCGACCGAAGGAAAUUCAACGAUCGAAGGAUUUCCGAAUACACGAGAGCAGAAUUUCACAGUCGUGACCACUCGUGACCACCCUUUCUCCCUACCCCCACUCUUCUGACAUUCCCCUACUGUAGCGGCGAGUUUUCUUAGCGUCGCAUGUGAAUUACGCGGUUCUUAGCGCAAUCGAACGUGCCGAGCCGCGUUUUGUCUCGUCGCGUGUAGUGUGUACGCGUGUGUCGAACGCGUCGCGCGUGAGUACCGCGGGGAGUUAACGGUAUCAUGUUUAAAAAAGCAAUCCGAGGCGCGCCAGUGACGAUAACAUGGUCGCCUUGAACGACGUUUGGUGUACUUGUUCGUUUGGUGAUGUUUGUUCAUCAUCCAUGUGAAUUCGUACUUCCGUUCUACUAUUUAAAUCUUUACAGUCGCAUAAGAAACGAUAUUCCAAUUGUGCUGGUAAAUACGAAAGAAACAAACUAGAUUGAACCGUUUAACGAAGUCCAGUGCCGUGAAUUAUGAGUUCUUCUGGUACGUAAAUAUGAUUCCGUCGCGUAUCAACAACCUGUUCGAAGGUGGGAUAAAGUAAACAAGCGGUGCGUAGAUCGUUGAGAGUAGAGGCUACUUGCGGUGGUGGCGUCUCGGCGCUUUAACCUUCAGGGAGUGGUUCUUUGUGUUUCUUCUUUCUCUUUAUGUUUUAUGUUUUAUUUUAUUUUACCGGAGUUUGCGAAGCUAACUACGCAUUAGAAGCGGCUACGAAUCAUCGCGCGUCAGUCGAAGGAGUGAGCACGCGCGCGCACGUACGCAUCAACUUACGCACGCAGUCUUUGUCCUAAAUAGACCGUGGAGCGAAAUGUUGGAAGAAAAAAGAUGGAAUUUCGUGGUGUAUAGAUCAAACUCGUGUCUCUUGUGAAAUCUUCUACGGACGAAGCCUUGAAAAAGUUCCGGCUAGACGACGACGCAGAAAAAGAGAGUUAGCCUGUGGUCGUGUGUUUUGUAAUCGGUCGCGUUACCGUACACAUCGACCCAGCUCCUUUUCCACGUGCACUUGUACCUACCUAUAUAUCCCUGUACUUGUACAAUUAAUCACAAAUGUCUACGUGUUCUCCUAGAGCCGGAAACGUUUUUUAAAACGGACAAAGACAUUAGUUCUCAGCAAUUGUUUUGCGGUCAAUUUUCUUUGAACGUAUUUCUACAGCUAUGUGAAAUCGUAGAACAGUGAUUUCGGACUAUCGGCAUGCCGAGUAAUGUGGGACACACGGCAGUGGUGCUUCGGUAGUGAUUGUGUUAUCGACGUGUCAUCAUCGAGGACGAACGACACGGAUCCACUUCGCGGCCAGGAAUGUAUGCGUCGCACUGGUACAGCUAUGAGGGGCGGAAAAUUCUUCAUCUUCAAUAAGAAGCUUCUUUGAGCAUCGCUUUGUUUAGGAUUUACACACUGGUUCUGGAGAAAGGCUUCGAAAACAAUAAAGGGAAAAGAACAAGAAGAAACUAAACCAUUCGAUCGACUAUAUCCGAGUCCUAACUAUCCGUAUCGAGUCGAUCUUCUUUCUCAAAAAUUCGCUUUUCUAAUUGGAACUUGCAAGAGGAGCCCUAAGAUCGAUCUAUAAGACCGUAGAUCGAGGAUCGCGAUUUACUAUCGGUCAGGAACGGAGCAUGAAGCCGGAAGAUCCGCAAACCAGGUCGUUGAGCAGUCAUUAAACCAGCUGUGACCGCAGUUCAUCGUGCUUGUUAAUCGUUUGCACAAGGUAGAAAGUCGAAAUCGUCACGGAACUAUAAUAUAUUACAUAGCUGGAAACCUGAGUCACGAUUCUUGGUAGAAUGAUAUUUGCAAGUUUCGCGCGAUCCUAACGAUUCGUCCGAGAACGAGCAGAGGUGGAAAAAAAGGUCUAACGAGAGAGCAACUAGCGAUUCUGCUCGAGGUAAACGAUCGUUCGAGUUCCUUGGAUCUGGAAGAGCAGAAGCGAAACCGUGUCGUCUGUUGUUCGAUCUUGUUCGAGGUCCAUCGGCUCAGAUCAAACUAUUUAGAAUCGCUUGACACACAGAGAGGGCCUUUGUUCGUCGAUCGAUCGAUCUGGUGGAGGUGGGGAGGCGAAACACGUUAAAGGGUGGGGUAAUUUGGGAAGAUUUGACGAUCGCCUUCUCGAUAGUACAGUCUUGGCUGAGACAGGAAGAUGAAGAUGAGGUGGUUAGUGCUCCUUUCCACCAUAACGCUGCUGUCCUGCUGCCAACCGAAUUACGCAUAUACAAACACCGAGAAGGCUACCCCUAGGAACGGACGUCGCGAGAGGAACCUGGACGAUCCUGACAAUCCGUCUUACGAGCGGAUCAGUUUCUACAGAAGCUACAGGUCCAUCGAUACUUCCAGGUCGACGGCAGCCAACGCAAAAUUGACCCAGAAACCGGGCCAACUACCGAACCUCCCUAAAUCGAACGCAAAACCAACCGACGUGGCUCACGAGAAGGGUCGACGAAGGCUCGCAAACAAAAACGUGAUGAUUGGCGAUGGAAUUUGCCAGAGCAUCGAUGUACGGAACAGCGUGUCUAGUUUCGGCAUUAUGAAGGAUUGUCGCGUGAUAGAGGGCUUUCUGCAGAUCGUCCUCAUCGAGAAUAGCUCCGAGAUGGACUUUCAACCGAUCACUUUUCCCAAACUUCGGGAAAUCACUGGCUACCUGCUUCUCUAUCGCGUGAAUGGAUUGAAGACUCUCAGCAAUCUGUUACCAAAUCUCGAGGUGAUCAGAGGCAACAUCUUGCUGGCCGAUUACGCGUUCAUGGUGUACGAGAUGCAGAAUCUACAGGAGAUCGGUUUGAAGAAACUUACCGAGAUCUCACGGGGCGGCGUUCGAAUCGAGAAGAAUCCGGCGUUGUGUUACAGCAAUCUCAACUGGAACCUCAUCGUUUCUGCGGGGGAGGUUGUUAUCAGGGAGAACGGGGAGGAAGCCUCUUGCCCUGAGGAAGAACGAUUCGGAUGUUCCCACUGUCCCGGGGGUUACUGCUGGUCUUCACAGCAUUGUCAGAGAACAGAGAAGCUGGAUUGUCACGAUCAGUGUCUGGGCGAGUGUCACGGUCCAACGGAAAACGAAUGUUACGUAUGCAAGUAUCAUCGGCACAAGGGAAAAUGCGUGGAAACCUGCCCCAGUAAUCUAUACUCCUAUCUCUCGAGACGCUGCAUCACGAAGGAUGAGUGUGUACGACUGAAUCGUCUAAGACGAGUAUAUUAUAUCCUGGGAGAUGGUCAGGCGUGGAGACCAUUCAAUGGAUCCUGCAUGACUCAUUGCCCUGACGGUUACGAGGAUGCACUCGACGAGAACAAUAUGACCACGUGUCGCGCUUGCGUGAGCAGCUGCCGGAAGGUCCGCCACGGCGCUCUGAUCCGUCACAUCUCCGACGCCCAGAGCUUCCGUGGUAUAACCGUAGUGAAAGGCGCGCUGGAGUUCCAAAUUCGAAGUGGAAAUCCGAACAUAAUGAACGAACUAAGCGAAGCGUUCGGUCUAGUCGAAGAAAUUACCGAGUACGUCAAGAUCACUCACUCGUUCCCCAUCACCUCGUUGAAUUUCUUCAAAAAGCUCAAGGUUAUCAAGGGUGAGAAACUGGACAUUAACAACGCCAGCCUAUCCGUCUUAGACAAUCCCAAUCUGUCCAACCUGUUCCCACCGGGGCAAAAAAUCAGAAUCGAAAAUGGCCGACUCUUUUUCCAUUACAAUCCAAAGCUCUGCUUGUCCAAAAUCAUACAGUUCAGUGAAAUGGUGAACAUCACGAACUACACCGAUCUGGAAAUACAGCCGCAGUCAAAUGGCGAGAAAGUGGCAUGCGAUAUAGAUAAUAUAAAUAUCACGGUUAAAAAUCUGGGACACGAUUACGCGGAUUUGGUGUGGGAUAGUUACAAGCCACCGGAAGGGCAGCAGUUGCUCAGUUAUCUGUUGAAUUUUAUCGAGACGGAAAAUCAGAACAUCACGUACGAGACGAACAUUUGCGGGUGGAACAGCACCUGGCAGGUAGACGACGUAGAUAUUCCUAAAUGGAACGCAACGGUUUCGAAGCAUAUCGGCAACCUGAAGCCCUACACUAUGUACGCGGUAUACGUAAAGUCGUUCAACGCCAGGACCACCAAGUACUUGGGACCGGUGGGCCAGUCGAAAAUCAUCUUCUUCAGGACGAAGAGCGCCAUUCCAUCGCCUCCGUUGGACACAAUAUCCACUGCCUUGAGCGAGACUGAGAUUCUAGUCAAGUGGAAACCGCCACGGUUCCCUAAUGGGCCAAUAGGAUACUACAUGGUCUCUAGCGAAAUGAUCUACGAAGACGAGAAUCGAAUCAUGACCAGGAAUUACUGCAUCAAUAUGCUAGAGGAUGAACUGGAAUUCGAGGAAGUGGUACCGGACGUAACCGUGAAGACGUCAGUGACAAAUCAGGAUUCGUGUUGCUCGAAGGACACGAACGGGGAUUUCAUUACGUCGAAGAAGUUCGAGAUUUUCUGCCACGAGAACACGACUCUCAGCCACAUAUCACCCGGCUGGAAGGACUACUGCGUGCACAACUCCUACAACAACGUGGACGAUCAAUUCUACGACCUGGUGAACAGUCUGUCCACCCCUCAACCGGAUGAAUCCAGCACAUUCGAUGCGUCCAAGUUCACGGAGAACGUUUUAGACGAGCACGUGGUCACGUACAACGUUAGCGGUCAAAACAAUUCGUUCGUGAUCGAGAAUCUGCGCCAUUACACGCGCUACAUCAUCAGUGUAGCCGCGUGCGCCGUCAAAGUCAACGAGUCGAAUAUGUGCUCGUCGAUUCAGUACACGAUCGGCCGAACAAGGAAGUCGAAUAGUGCGGAUGACGUGAAGAACGUGAAGGUGAAGGUGAUUAACAGCACCGUCGUUGAGGUUUUUUGGGACCCGGUGGAAGAUCCUAACUCCUUCACCGUUUCAUACGCCAUCGAAUACACCAACUUGAACGUGGAAAACGCGAGAAAGAGCACCGAGUGCAUCCCACGAACUGGUCAAAAAGAUACUAUGAACAGUUACUUGAUCGAGAACCUGAAUCCUGGAAGAUACAGUUUACGGAUGAAGUCCACGUCGUUGGCCGGUGAUGGUAACUUGUCGGACGUGGUGUAUUUUUCCGUAGGCCUGAGCAGCACCGUGUCCAUCGCGUUAAUAGCGUUGCUCGUGUGUAGUAUUCUGUCUAUGAUAUUGGUCGCUCUACUCAUCGUUUUGAGGCAUCAGAACAAGAAGAAACAAGGAAGACUGAUCGCCAGCGUAAACCCUGAUUACGUAGAAACAAAGUACGAGGCCGACGAGUGGGAGGUACCUAGGGAAAACGUGAAGAUCUUUGAGAAAGUUGGUUUGGGCAAUUUUGGUACGGUUCAUAGAGGACUGUACGAGAAGAAUAUGCCGGUGGCCAUCAAAAUGAUUGCGGAGACGGCUAGUCAGAGGGAGAAGGACGAGUUCCUAAACGAAGCCUCGGUAAUGAAGAACUUCUCGACUUUCCACGUAAUUAAACUCAUCGGCGUGGUAUCCUCCGAGAACCCCCCGUUCGUUAUCAUGGAACUAAUGGAGAAUGGAGAUCUGAAGACCUAUCUGCGUCGGAUUCGCGACACCGUACUCGUGCCGAAUACCAGCAGAAUUACGAGGAUGGCGGCUGAGAUAGCCGAUGGCAUGGCUUAUUUGGCAUCGAAGAAGUACGUCCAUCGAGACUUGGCUGCGCGAAAUUGCAUGGUGUCGAAGAACUUGGUGUGCAAGGUCGGUGACUUUGGCAUGGCCAGAGACAUCUAUGAAACGGACUACUACAAAAUCGGUAGGAAAGGUCUUCUUCCGAUCAGAUGGAUGGCACCGGAGAGUCUGUCGGACGGUGUGUUUACGUCAGAUUCUGACGUCUGGUCGUACGGUGUGGUCCUCUAUGAGAUUUUAACUCUCGCGGAGAUUCCUUACCAAGGUUUCGCUAACGAGGAAGUGCUCAAAUAUGUGUUGCGCAAAGGGACUCUAAAUAUUCCACGUAAUUGUCCCGAAAAUUUCCAGAAGAUCAUGGAGAAGUGUUUCAAGUGGGAACCAAACGAUCGUCCCACGUUCAUGGAGAUCGUGACAGAGCUGGAGCCGUUUCUUGGCCAGGAUUUCUGCGAGAAAUCGUUCUACCACUCGGUGGAAGGUGUGGAGAGCCGAAAGUCGGGUGUGAAGAGGCCCCAUCAUCACGCAGCUCCUAUCAGUUUUCAUUGGGGCAGCGAGACGGCCAGGUGGGUAAAGGAUUCCGAGGACAAUGUGACGCUGUUGGAUCAGGCGGAAGCUGGCACCAGCAGCGGACGCAUUUUUAAGAAUUUCCAGCAUACCGAUAACGCAUCCGACACGGAGGACGAACCCCUCGAUCAAUGAAGUUCUACGGUCAGUCUAUAAUAGCGAAUUUUUCAAUGGCGUAAGUGUAUUCGUCCGGGACAAGUCCCCGGCAAGUCACAAACUCGUUUAGGUACGAUGUACAAAGGAUACUCAGGGCAAUGAAUCGUGACGAGGGCCCAACGAGUUCGGCAGACGGGAAUAGGCAAGGAUUUUUUUCUCUGUCUCUUGCCAGCCUGACAAGUUCAGGACGACACUUGAAAAGAUUCGUCUGUCGGUGCUCGUUGAUUUCCAAUUAGGACCUUAAUGGCAACGAGCGACUAAGAAUAUCUUCACAGCUUUUCGUGCAUACGUUCUCCGCUCUAUCCGAGCGCUAGUAGUAUGUACAAUGUUUAACUUAACCAAAAGCGUUUGAAGGUAGAAUCCAGUCAGACGCGAUGUUUUUCUUUGAUUUCUUUUGUUUUUUUUUUUUUUUUUUUUU